AACAGUUUCAAAUUGCACUCCAAGGCUAGGAGAAAAAAGCCAUGGCCGACAAAGUCCUGAAGGAAAAGAGGAAGGUUUUUAUCCAAUCAGUGACCGAGGGCACCAUAAAUGGCUUGUUGGAUGACCUAUUAGAGAAAAGAGUGCUGAACCAGGAGGAGAUGGAGAAAAUAAGACGUGAAAAUGACACAGUUAUGGAUAAGGCCCGAGCUUUGAUUGACUCAGUCACUCGGAAAGGGGACAAGGCUAGCCAAGCAUGUAUCCGUCAAAUCCGUGAAAUUGACUCCCACCUUGCAGAGAAGAUGGCGCUGCCCUCAGAUCUAUCCAAUAAAGGAGAGAAAAGACCGCACUCGCCUGGCUCUCAUCAUAUGCAAUAGAGAGUUUGAUCACCUUCAACCCAGGCAGGGGGCUGACCUUGACAUCACAGGGAUGAGAGAGUUGCUUGUGGGCCUUGGCUACCGUGU